UUGUUGAGGAGGUUCAAAUUUACAUGCAGAUCUUUGUAAAGACACUCACCGGAAAGACCAUCACUCUCGAGGUUGAAAGUUCUGACACCAUUGAUAAUGUAAAAGCUGAGAUUCAAGACAAGGAAGGCAUUCCUCCUGAUCAGCAGAGGCUGAUCUUUGCUGGAAAACAGCUUGAAGAUGGCCGAACACUUGCUGAUUACAACAUCCAAAAGGAGUCCACCCUCCAUCUUGUCCUCCGCCUUCGUGGUGGUAUGCAGAUCUUUGUCAAGACGCUUACCGGCAAGACCAUCACACUUGAAGUUGAAAGCUCAGAUACAAUUGACAAUGUGAAGGCAAAAAUUCAGGAUAAGGAAGGAAUUCCUCCAGAUCAGCAGAGACUGAUCUUUGCCGGAAAGCAACUUGAGGAUGGAAGGACCCUGGCUGACUACAACAUUCAGAAAGAGUCAACCUUACAUCUUGUUCUUCGUCUGAGGGGUGGCAUGCAAAUAUUUGUCAAGACAUUGACAGGGAAGACAGUUACUUUGGAGGUUGAGAGUUCAGAUACUAUUGACAAUGUUAAAGCAAAGAUCCAAGACAAGGAAGGUAUUCCUCCAGACCAGCAGAGAUUGAUCUUUGCUGGGAAGCAACUUGAGGAUGGAAGGACCUUGGCAGAUUACAACAUUCAGAAAGAAUCAACCCUGCACCUUGUUCUUCGUCUUAGAGGUGGCAUGCAAAUUUUUGUCAAGACUCUGACUGGGAAGACGAUUACUUUGGAGGUUGAGAGUUCGGAUGCCAUUGACAAUGUCAAAGCAAAGAUUCAAGACAAGGAGGGUAUUCCCCCAGACCAGCAGCGUUUGAUCUUUGCUGGUAAACAACUUGAGGAUGGCAGGACUCUUGCGGACUAUAACAUCCAGAAGGAGUCAACACUCCAUUUAGUGUUGCGUUUGAGGGGAGGGAUGCAGAUCUUCGUGAAGACUCUUACUGGGAAAACAAUCACAUUGGAGGUGGAAAGCUCAGAUACCAUUGACAAUGUGAAGGCAAAGAUACAGGACAAGGAAGGGAUUCCACCAGAUCAACAGAGGCUUAUCUUCGCUGGUAAGAGCUUGAGGAUGGCCGCACCCUUGCAGACUACAAUAUCCAGAAAGAGUCUACUCUUCAUCUCGUUCUCAGGCUCCGUGGUGGAGACUUCUGAAUUUCAUGUGUGAUAAUGCUGCUUUUAUGAUGGCUGUGUCAAUUUUUUUUUCGUUUCAAGACUUUAGUUUUUUAUGUUUUGGGUUUUCUUCUUUCUGCUGAAGACAUCAUAAUGUGUUACAUUGUAUAUUCGCUGCAGAUUAAAUAAAGACCAGCCAAUUCUAGUA